AUGUUUUGGGGAUACACUCCAGCACUUGAUUUAAAUAAAGAAUUGGAUAUAUCGACAGCAAAUCAAACUGUUAAUAUUUUGCUGUUGGGCACAGCAGAUGGAAGACAUGUAAUAAAAACCCUUGCGGAAUCUUAUAAACAUAAAAAUAUUAAAUAUAACUUUUACAUCGCUGAAACAUGGACGGAACAAAUUGCCCGUCAAUUAUUAUUCUUAAGUAUAAUCCUAGACCAGGAUUCAUCACUUGGUAUAUAUGACAAAGUUCGAAUUUUUAUGGAAUUAUAUGGAAAUAUAAAAAUUCGACCAUCAGUUGCACGUUAUUUAUAUAAAAAAUCCGCCGAUUUAGUUGAAGCCAUCACUGAUUCAACUUAUUUAUCGAAAAAAAUGCCAAUAUUUAAUUUUAGCCAAUUAAAUACCAAAGAUCGUGAUUACAUGGAGAAUGUGUUUAAAUUUUGGAAACGUCCUGAUUCACAAUUUGGUAUACAAGCAGCAUGGGAUUUUCGUGUUCGUAAAGCGUUAGGUCAACGUUUUGAAUGUCGUAAUGAAGUAUUUGAUUUUGAUUAUCGUACGCGAUUAUGUGAGCAAGAUUUAAAAAUUAUAUCCGCAUGUGAGUAUAUGAGUUGGCGGGAAUCUGGUAUAGCAUUUAAAUGGUCUGAAUUAGGUGAAUCUAAACCAAAUCUAACAUGUGGUACAGGGGUUUUAGGAAGUGGUUUAAAAUUACUUUAUCAUGGAUAUUCGGGCGACAUUGUAACUGGACCACAUAUCGCUUACGGAAUUGAAUGUGACGAUAAAAAAAUGUUUGAAAAAUCGAAUGGUGUAUUUAUUAAACGAUCCACUGAUAUCACGGAAUAUAAUUUGUUCCAAAUGUUCCAUCAAAUUAUUUACGAUAAACCAUGUGAUUAUAACACAUACUCGAAGGAUCUAAGAACCGAUUUAUAUAAAGAUUUUGAUGCAAAAAAAUAUGAUCCUAUCGAUGCAACCCCUUUGAUGCCUAAAAACCAUUUUACAGUGACAUUUUUAUCAAUGUCCAAUCUACCAAAUCUCUCUAAAAAAUAUUCAAAUUAUUUUGAUCUAAUGGUUUUUGGGAAUGAUCAAUUGCAUCGUGUUGAAAAAGAUUUGUUGGCAACUGGUCAGAAACAUGCGAAAAUUUUAUUUGAAACACAAAAAUUUAUGAUACAAUUAAAAACAGAUAGUAUUCGAGAAUAUGGGGAAUUAAUUGCCUUAAAAAAUUUAAUUGGAUUAGUUCCGUUAAAGGAAUUUGAUCCUUUUAAAGAUGCGUAUGCAAAAUUUCGAAAAAUAUUUUAAAAAUAUAAAGGCUAGCUUUUUUAAAUUGCCUCAUGUUUG